CCAAAACAGUUUACCCUUUAAAACGUCGUAGCGUGAGGAGUCUCAAAAGGGGUUACAUGUCUAAAGCCUGUCCAAUUGUAUGACUGAUGGUAACGAAGGCAUCUCCAUGGGCACUCCUCUCUGUGUGAGGUCGACAACAUGGCUGCUUCUUUGCUUUUAGGUCGUCAAGGAAUUCUAUUUGGCCUCAAAUUAUCCAACAUUAACAAGUCGUUGUGGGCCGCACAGUCGUUACAGGAGCAUGCCAGGCAUUUCUUGCAGUCUUCAAGGAUCUUCGGUGUCACGCCAGUCAAAGUUGAAAUGCCAGCUUUGUCGCCAACCAUGGAGGAGGGAAACAUUGUCAAAUGGUUAAAGAAAGAAGGUGAGGAAGUGACAGCGGGUGAUGCCCUUUGCGAAAUUGAGACUGACAAAGCUGUUGUUACCAUGGAAUCUAAUGAUGACGGAAUCUUGGCAAAGAUCCUGAUAGAGGAGGGAAGCCGCAACGUGCGCCUGGGAACUCUCAUUGCCGUUAUGGUGGAGGAAGGACAAGACUGGAAACAAGUUGAGAUUCCUUCACCAGAUGCUGUAAUUACUCCAUCUGCAGCUCCAUCUGAAACUGUUGUGCCCCCUGCCUUUCCUUCGCCACCAAAAACAGUCACCUCAGGACCGUUACGGCUUAGCCCGGCAGCAAGACACAUCCUGGAUACCCAUGGCAUUGAUCCAAAAUUGGCCACUCCCACUGGACCAAGAGGACUAAUUACUAAGGAGGAUGCAUUAAAUCUUAUGAAGAUGUCUCCUGAGGCAAAAAAAAUGCCCAUCCUGACUGCUCCACCUGUCCCGAGUCCUGCUCAGAGACCAGCAGCUGUUCCUCCACCACCAAGCAGCAGGCCCAACAUACCACCUCUAUCUAUACCAGGGAAACCUGGAGCACCGGGCACUUUCACAGAGCUCCCAGCCUCAAAUGUCCGCCGCGUGAUUGCUCAACGACUAACUCAGUCGAAAACCACCAUCCCCCAUGCUUAUGCCUCUGUUGACUGUAACAUGGCAGCUGUCAUGGCGCUACGUAAAGACUUAGCCAAAGAAAAUGUCAAAGUUUCUGUUAAUGAUUUUAUUAUCAAGGCAGCUGCAGUUACUCUUAAAGAGCUACCAGAAGUCAACGUGAACUGGUCAGGCGAUGGACCCCUAGCACUUGAUUCUAUUCACAUUUCAAUUGCUGUGGCAACCGACAAAGGACUCAUUACCCCCAUCAUCCGAGAUGCUGCAAUCAAAGGAGUUCAGGAGAUCUCAGCGAAUGCAAAGGCAUUGGCCCAAAAGGCUAGAGAUGGAAAACUUCUACCCGAGGAGUACCAGGGCGGCUCAUUCAGUAUAUCCAAUCUUGGGAUGUUUGGCAUCAGUGGCUUCAGCGCUGUGAUCAACCCACCACAGGCGUGCAUCCUGGCGGUCGGGACUUCCAGGGAAGAAUUACGCCUCUGUGAGGAUAACCAGACCCUGCGUACCCAACAGCUGAUGACUGUUACCUUGUCUAGCGACGGGCGGCUUGUGGAUGACGAACUGGCCUCACGAUUUCUUGACAGGUUUCGUGAUAACCUAGAGGAACCUCAGCGCAUGGCUUUAGCCUGAAAUAUGAUGACCGCAAAUUGGAAAUAAAGCAGCCAUGCGUGAGAGAGUUUUGGAAAAAAAACAUUUCCUGUCAUGUUUGGUUCAUGGCUUGGUGUGUGGAAAUACAUUUGCACUCGAAAUUAUCCAACCAUCAUUGUAAAUAACAUCCAUCUAUUUUCUGUAACGCGUGUCAUCAUUAAGGUCACAGCUGAGCGAGAGACCAUCCAAGCUGACUUCUGGCAAGUGGGGUACACCCCGGACUGGUCGCCAGCCUAACAAUGCACAUGUGGAGAGACAGGUACUCACACCUGUGGACAGUUAAGUUUCUCCAAUUAAGAUAGUAUGCAUGUUUUUGCAAUGCUGGAGGAAGCCUGAGUACCCAGCGAAAACCCAUGCACACACCGGGAGAAGAUGACAAUUCCACACAGAUGUUCGGAUAGUUUAAUUUAUUUUUGUUUUGUUGCAAGUUUAUAAAAUUUGCAAAUAAAUAUAAUCCAGAAUGAGGAUUGAAUCGUUUUGAGUGCAUCUUAGCAGGCUUUGGAAUGAAAUAGUCUCGCUCAGCUUCUUUCUGAGCGUAGUCCCAACUCGUGAUUUACAUAGCAGGGUGCAGUAACAUUAACCCUUCUUUCAUACUACUACCGGUACUAGUUUUGGUAUGCAAAUAUGUCAUUAUGUUGUGUUUGUACAGUGUGAAAAUAAAUAUUAGUAUAGCACUUAAACCAUAUUUAAAAGUGGAUUUGUUGUGAUAUUUAUUGCAGACACGGGAGUCAAUUCUUAUUACAUUCAGCAUUCAAUACAUUAACAUAAUGUUAGAAAACUAAAAAAUAAAUGUCAGGUUGCCUGUUGGUGUCCCUUAUGUACAAACAACUUCAAAAUGAUUGUGUCUGUUUUAACGUGCAAAAUAAAAGAUGCUAGUAUUUA